UUGCAGCUCGUAAACAAUUCCUUGAACUUAGACCAAAGCAUCAAAAUCCACGAAUGGAAUUUUUCUUUAUUACUUCCAUUUUUUGUACACGAUCUUGAAUUUGUUGCCAUUGCUUAACGCACUAACCAAGAUCAACGUGCCAGCAAAAAAAGCUGUACAAGGUCCGGCCUAGAAACCGUCCUCGAUUGUUGUGUUGUUGCAUUUGCAAUUGCAAUUGAAUUUCCGAUCGGGAAUCCAUUAUCACCGUCCGAGAUCUCUGGUAAUGGAACAAUUUUGAUUCAUUUCGUUUUUAAAGUUCGAUAUAUAUAUCUAUUGUUGAAUCUAGAUCCAGAGGUGUUUUUGGGGGGUUUUUUUUUUUUAAUCCUAGCGAGAGGGUGAGUCGAUUUGGAUCCCAAUCUCGUCCUCAUGCAUCACACACCCAUUUUCGUUGGGUGUUUUAUCUUGAUAUGUUCGAUUGUUUGUUACUAUGCGGAUGCUGGAUCUGGUUGUUCUAAAACCAGUCCUCUCGUCGAUUUCGAGUCCGAAUUUGAAAUGGUACAGCACCAACUUAGAGGUUCCUUUAGGAUAAUCGAUGAUUGCUCUUUUAGGGUUUCGAAUUUUGAUAUGCUUUCUGGGACCGAUGUGCACUGGUGGGGUGCGAUCGCUCCUGAUGUUAAUAAUUUCACGGCCGGGUUUGUCGUGUCUGAUAAAAAGCUUAAUGAGACGUACAAAAACGCUUCCUUCAUUGUGCAUUUGAAGAAGAAUGUUAAAUGGGAUCAGAUCCAAGUCAUCGCCGCCUGGGACCUUCCUGCCGCAUCAGAUUUUGGACAUGUUAUUCUCCGGAAACCGAAUAAUGGAUCGACGGGUAGUCCCAGUGUGGCUCCGUCUCCGUCGGAAUAUGGGAAUCCAUGGGAAGAUACGGGUUCGAUUUCUAUUGCGCCCACCUCGUUCGAGAAUUGCAAAGUUUUGGCUGAUAACUACAGGGUUAGGUGGACAUUGAGUACUCAGGAUAAGUUGAUCGAGAUCGGACUGGAGGGGGCGAUUCCGACGACGAACUACAUGGCAUUUGGGUGGGCAAACCCGAAUGGGAGUUCUAAUCUCAUGAUUGGGGCGGAUGUCGCCGUGAUGGGGAUCAACGAGGAUGGAGUGCCUCUUGUGGAUGAUUUCUACAUCACAAGGCUCAGUGAAUGUAUGAUAAACAAGGAUGGUAUGGUGCACGGUGUUUGUCCGGAUACAAUUUUCGAAGGUUCAGAUCCUGUUGGUUUGGUGAACAAUACUAGGUUGAUUUAUGGGCAUAGGAGAGAUGGGGUGUCGUUCGUUCGGUAUCGAAGGCCGCUGGUUACCGUUGAUAAGAAGUAUGAUGUGCCGAUCAAUCAUACUGCAAGUAUGGAUGUCAUUUGGGCUGUUGGACCAAUGAAGCCGCCUGAUGCAAUUCGGCCGUUCUAUCUGCCUCAAAAUCACGGCGGGACUUACGGGCAUCUGGUUCUCAAUGUUUCAGAGCAUGUGAAUGAUUGUUUGGGUCCGCUUGAUGCAGAAGACAAGGAGGAUCAAGAUGUUGUUAUUGCAGAUGCAAAUUCUCCUCUUGUUGUAACUAGUGGUCCGGCUUUGCAUUAUCCAAAUCCUCCAAACCCUGCAAAAGUUCUCUACAUCAACAAGAAGGAGGCUCCUUUACUGAGAGUUGAGAGGGGGGUGCCAGUGAAGUUCUCAUUACAAGCCGGGCAUGAUGUUGCACUCUACAUUACUUCGGACAUGCUCGGUGGAAAUGCGACACUGAGGAACAUGUCUGAGACUAUUUAUGCUGGAGGACCGGAAGCUGAAGGAGUACAAGCCAGCCCCACGGAAUUAACUUGGGCACCUGAUAGGAAUACUCCUGACCAAGUCUUUUAUCACUCACUUUUCCAACAAAAAAUGGGUUGGAGAGUGCAGGUUGUCGAUGGUGGUUUAUCAGACAUGUAUAACAACAGUGUUUUGUUGGAUGACCAACAAGUUACAUUUUUUUGGACACUGUCUGAGGAUUCGAUAACCAUUGCAGCGCGUGGUGAGAAAAAGAGCGGUUAUCUUGCUAUUGGCUUUGGAAGUGGAAUGAUUAAUAGCUAUGCUUAUGUGGGUUGGAUGGAUGAAGCUGGCAAAGGUAGAGUGAAUACCUACUGGAUUGAUGGAAAGGGAGCUUUAAAUGUACAUCCAACAAAAGAGAAUUUGACUUUUGUGAGGUGCAAGUCAGAAAGUGGUAUCAUUACUCUGGAGUUUACACGUCCCUUGAAACCUUCAUGUCCUGAUGGCCAUGGACCACAGUGUAAAAAUAUAAUUGAUCCCACCACUCCCCUAAAGGUUAUAUGGGCAAUGGGUGCUAAAUGGGUGGAUAAACAUUUAAGCGACGGAAAUAUGCAUUCUUCUCGAAGCAGUAGGCCUAUGCGAGUGCUGCUUAUGCGUGGUUCUGCAGAGGCUGAACAAGAUUUACAACCAGUAUUAGCUGUUCAUGGGUUCAUGAUGUUCCUUGCUUGGGGUAUUUUGUUACCUGGUGGGAUAUUGGCUGCUAGAUACUUGAAACAUGUGAAGGGUGAUGGAUGGUAUCAGAUUCAUGUUUACUUGCAGUACUCGGGUUUGUCAAUUGUCCUACUUGGCCUCCUUUUUGCUGUUGCCGAGCUUCGUGGUUUUUAUGUCAGCUCAGUUCAUGUUAAGUUUGGGAUUGCUGCUAUACUCUUGGCAUGUAUACAGCCAGUAAAUGCAUUUUUCAGACCGAAAAAACCAGCCAAUGGGGAAUUGGUUUCCCCCAAUAGAAUUUUAUGGGAGUAUUCACAUGCAAUUGUGGGCAGAUGUACAAUUGGUAUUGGUAUCGCAGCGCAAUUCACUGGAAUGAAGCAUCUAGGCGAUCGAUAUGACAGCGAAAACGUCCAUGGCCUUAUCUGGGCUCUAAUUAUAUGGUUUAUGAUCAUUGCAUUGAUGGCUAUUUAUUUGGAACAUCAGGAGAGGCAGCGGAGGCGGGACAGAAUAAAUGGAAGAAGCAAUUGGGUGCUCGGUAAUGAGGACGAUUCUAUUGAUCUAUUGGGUCCGACUAUUUCAAUUGAAGGAAAAGAAUCUCAUCCUUCAGGAACUAUGGAAGUUCAGUUAGAACCUUUAAGAGGAUAGACUUUUUAUCUCUAAACCUAUUCUUUUUGAUAUGGAGUUGGUCCAUUCGCCAGCUUUGAUUUUUCACUAAACGGAGGUAGCUGCUUUGAGUUUUGUUCUUGAAGCCUUCGUCGAGAACAUGAAGGGGUUUGUCACUUCCCCCACCCUAUCUUAGUCUGCCGAAGAUCAUCGUCUCUUUACUUUUUAUGAUAUAACAGGACACCUCUACACAAUUGAAAGGGAUCGUUUCUACUGUUUGUUUUUUUGUCACAAAGGAUAAUAACGCUGCAAGUUUUGUCAUGUUUCAGCUACAUAGUUAGGAGGUUUAUAGGCGUGUCCACCAUGAGAAGCAAGAAGUUUCAUGUAAACGAAAUGAAAGCGAUAUAUGUUUGUAUAUAUGAAACUCUCACUGAUACUCUUGCUCUGCAGUGAAGAUACUUGCAAUUGACAUUUGUCAAAUCCAGCGUAGCCCCUUUUUGUUCCCUAUCUU